AUGGCAGAGUAUGAAUCCAGAUCACCAAUAAGACGACCAAGCUAUAUAUUUGAUGACACUGCCAUAAAACCACCACCAGCUCCUAUAUCGCGUCGUCAGUCGUCUUCAUUAACGGCGACAUUAGGAGGACAUUCUCGACCACCAAGUUAUCCAUCUGCCAAUGGUGGUCAGGACGAUCAUAAUACAGUUAUAAUUCAAAGAAAGAAAUUAAAUCGUGGUCUAUCUAGUAAAAAGAUCUCAGGUGGUGGAGAAGGGUGGAGUAGUCAGGGAAAGUUGGUUGGAGGAGGCACGUCUUCGUCGGUAGUCACGCCAACGUCGUCUAGACCUACGAGUGUAGUAGAAGGUGCUCCAGAACUGGGAUCUGUUCUCACUUCAAGUGGCGAUCUAUCCGUACAGUCAUCACCAGCACCAGCAGCACCAAAUAGUGAAAUACAAACACCAGAACUCCCACAUACACAACACUCUAGAUCGUCAUGGUCCUGGUUUUUCCGCACACUCCUAGUAGGCACAGGCCGAUGCGAAGCAUGCAUCCGAGCAAGAUCAGAGUCCCGGACUCUCAAAACCCAACUAGCCCAAACAUACCAAAUAAACUCGGCCCUCACCGUAAAAGCAUCCCAAAUCCCAAACCUGAAACGCCGUAACGCCGUCCUAACCGAAGAGCUACACGAACGAGAACAAAUGUGGACAGUCAUGUUGGAAGAACGACUUAAACUGAUUGAAGAACGGGACGAUAUUAUAUCUGAGCUUGAAGCAUUGACGCAGUCGCUUUUUGAGGAGGCUAAUCGGAUGGUUGCUGAUGAGAGGAGGAAGAGUAGUCAGUUGCAACAGUCGAAUGUGGAGUUGAUGGAAAAGCUGGUGAAGAAUAUGGCUGCGAAAUUAGAUGGGGCUAGUAAACGCACGUCGGUUGCUUCAUUGUCGAGGGUGGCGUCUAUAGCUAAUGAUGUUGGGGCGUCAGCGUCUGUUGCGGGUGCGAAGCAUCAUAGUGGGGAGCUGAAGAUUGCUGGGAAGGCUUCGAGUAACUUUGUUUAG